CUCUCAUUCUUCAGCAGCACAGAAGAAGAACAACACGUGAACGACAAGCUAGCCAAUACUUAAUCUAGCUAGCAUUCGUGAUAUUUUUAUUCUUUCUUAGCUAUCACAUCACAGAGACUGCUACAAUGAAACUGUUAACGCAUAACAUGUUGACGUCGCAUGUGAAAGGAGUAACUAACGGAUAUCCGCUGCUGAUCAAGGCGACGGAGGUGAAAGUGAAUGAAGUCGAGUUCAACCCUCAGUUUGUGAGCAGAAUGAUCCCGAAGCUGGAGUGGAGCGCUUUAAUCCAUGCAGCUGAAGGGCUGGGAUACCGGCAGGAUUUGCCCAGCACACCUGUAUCGAACUAUGAGAACAAUGAUGACUUUUUACACAAAGUGCACAGAGUCCUGCUGGAGGUGGAGGUGAUAGAGGGGACUCUGCAGUGCCCUGAGUCUGGUCGAGAAUUUCCCAUCACAAGAGGAGUCCCCAACAUGCUCCUCAAUGAAGAUGAGUCAUAAGAGAUGUCCCCGAUUUUGUUUUAUUCAAAUAUAACAAACAGACAGCACAGCACAGCACAUUACUGGUGUAUGGGAUUGCAGCAGAGUUGAAUUGAAUUGCAAUGAGUCAAGAUAUCAAAACCGGCUGCUGUUCCCCUGAAAUACUUGCAAUUGUCCAAACCUGGUCUUUUAUUUAAGAAAUUAAUCUUAACCAGUUCCACUAGUACUGGCCCUUGUUUCCUCAGAUUGUGUAUUAUGUUUAAUAUGUUUUGUAAUAUACUUUUCGAUAAAACUGUGUUACAAUAUUA